AUGUGGGAGUCUCGUCCUGACCUCAGUGUGAAAGCUGCAGUGUGUUUGUGCUCUCGGCCUUUUGGACCGAACUGCAUCGCUCUCAGGCUGUAUGGAGGAGGAACAGUGCAGCCGCCAUUGGUGGUGGAGGGGGGUUUCCUGAGAGUCGAUGUGACAGACAUGAAGAACCUGGACCAGUAUGGACCGAACCACAAGGAGAGUCUGGUGUGUGCAGCCCUGUCCGGUCUGGUGCUGGUUCUCCUGGUUCUGCUGGGCUCGGUCCACAGCUGCCCCGGUGUCUGCACCUGCUAUGCUAACACCACCGACUGCUCCGCCGCCGGCCUCCUGUCUCUGACGACCGUCCUGGCGCUGGACCGGGACUCUCUGAUCCUCCGCCUCCCCCAGAACAACCUCUCCUCCCUGGGUUCGACCGAGCUGACGAACCUCAGUGGCCUGGAACUCCUGGACCUCUCCCAGAACCACUUCUCCGCCCUGCAGCCCGGGGCGUUCUCCGACAUAAGCGGCCUGCGAUUCCUCAAUCUUUCUUCUAACUACCUCGGGGUCCGCUCGUUGCCCUCCGACCCCAACAACAGCACCUAUGUCCUCCAGGGUUUGAAUGGGAGUCAAGGGGGCGCCGGACUGAGCAAGGAUGUGUUCAGGGGGCUUUGGAGGCUGCGAGGCCUCGACUUGUCCGCCAAUGGCCUCCAGUGGCUGCCCAAAGGUCUGCUGGACGGGCUCCAGAGACUCGACUGGCUCUCCUUGGCCAGUAAUCGUCUGGCGGCCCUGGACCGGGUCACCUUCGAGCCGCUGAUGGGGCUACAGGAGCUCCGGCUGGCGGGGAACCCCUGGGAGUGUGACUGCAAGCUGAGAGAGUUCAAGCACUGGAUAGAGUGGCUGAUUUACAGGGAUGGCCAGGUGGAUGCGAUGCAGUGCAGCUUCCCGGGGGAUUUGAAGGGCCGGGACAUCCGCAGCGUCCCGGCAGAGAUGUUCAGCCACUGCCUGCAGAGCACCGCCAAAGAGGGCGCUCCGGGCUACACCACAAGGCCCCCCUGCCCGCCGGGUCGCAUCAGCAGCAACGACGAAUGUGUCCGCCAGCGCUACCGGCCCGUCAGCGUCCGGCGAGCCCACGGCACGCAGAUCGUCGCGGGCGUGAUCUGCGGCACGGUGUGCGUCAUGAUGGUGGUGGCGGCGACUUACGGCUGCGUCUACGCCUCGCUGAUGGCGCGCUACCAGAGAGAGAUGAAGAGCCGAGGGCAGCCUCUGAUGGCCGAGUGCGGCGCCGACACGGACCUGGAGGACGGGCAGAUGUCUUCCCCGGAGGACACGCCACCCAAAGAGGCCAUCGUGCACGGGUAUCGGAUCAGCAGCUUCUGACACACCGCUUUUGUCUGAUUUUAUUGAUUCUUCCAGGACACUCGACAGCGUCUGGAGGCGGAAACUGACUGGAAACAUCAGCUAAUAUUUCAACUUCACUAAGCAGGCAUAAGCUAAAGAUCACGCUGUGUAAAAACCCAGUAGAAAAUUCAGCUUUCCCAUUUUUGGCCCACUUUGGACAAAUUCAGUUGCCAACAAGCAUUUUUGCACCUUUCCCCGUUGUUUUGGCCAUACUAACACCAAUAAAUCAGACAAGCUAUUAUACUGGCAGUGUAGGACUCAAUUGCAUGGACCUGGAGGAUAGGCAGUUCUUCUACAGAGGCCAUUGUGCAUGGGCUAUCAAAUCACCGACCCGCUGCUUUUGUAAGAUUUUCAGAUUCUUCUAAGACACUAAACGCUGCAGCUCUGAUGUCUAAACUUCCCACCUAUCCCUAAGAGAGCCAGCCACCCUCCAGAGGAAGCCCAUUUCAGCCUCUUGUAUUCACCGUCUUCUGCUUCACUUAGCAGGCAGAAGCUAAAUAUUACACCGUGUAAAAACCCAGUAACUUUGGACAGAUUCCUUUAGUCUCCGGGCUGCAGCUUUUAAACUCCUGCAAGCUGCUGAUGCACUUCUGCACCUUGACUUCCCUUCAUAUUGUUUCUCCUUCAGUGACUAUAACAAAGCAUUUGUACUGCUGUCUUAACCAUAUUAACACCAAUGAAUCAGCCAGGCUUAUUACUUCUACUGGCAGUGUAUGAGCUGAUUGCACGGACCUGGAGGACAGGCAGAUGUCUCCUCCGAAAGACAUGCAUCGUGCACAGGUAUCGAUUCUGGCGCCGCUGCUUUUGUCUGAUUCCUGAUUCUUCCAGGAAACGUCUAUCGUGUUUCCGACCCAGUGGAGCUUUAACCACGGCCACAUGACGAAAGCGUCGACCCAGCGUCAGUCUUUGUUCCUCUCUAACUCUGUCAGAGGAUAAGAAAUACUCCUCUGGGCGCUGGAACCUUUUUCACUUGCACAACCCAUAUCGUUUCUCCAAGCUAGAGUAGACGGCGUUAAUACCAUCGUCCUCUUUCUACGCCCAUGGCGCAGUCACGAAGAGCUAUGUUAAAGCAGAAGUGGGCGUGGUAAAAUCUAAACUGGGUUGGUGAAACGAUCGCAGGACUCUCUGACGUCUGGAGGGGGAAGCCCUGCAGCUCUGAGCUGAAAGGAGAGUGGCUAAUGGAGCGGACUGUAUGGAGAGAAUGCCGCAGCACUUCCUUUAAUGUAUGGAUGCUCUGUGAAUUGUUAUUCCCCGCGCUGCAGCUUUUAAACUCCUCUGAAGCUGCUGAUGCACUCCUGCACCUUGCCUUCGCUUCAUCUGUGUUUCGCUUUCGGACACAUCCUGAAAAAACCUCCUCUUAGUUUUGAGCCAAAAAAAAAAAGUCUUUGAAUCUGUGAAAUGUGACUUUUCUUCUGUUUGUUUUUGCACAAAUUAUCUUGUUUUCUUCACUUAUUUUAUGUUAUAUGUUACAUCCCCACUGUUAGAUGGACACCCAGUUGAAUUCCCUUCAGAUAUCAGACACUUUAACCGUGUUAGAGGCCUGCUGCUUCAUCACCACUGAGGUAAACUACAUUAGAGCUGCACUGCCACCUGCAGGGCAAGCUUUGAAUUACAACACCUUAAAUCCAGCACAAACGAACAUUUAUGAAGACAAUUAUUCCCAACAUUACAGAGUCUGAGGUACUGACAGAGAGUGUGAUCUAAUAUCCAGAUGUUUUCAAGUAUUUUGUCCAUUUCUUUUCUGUGAUAAGUACAUAAAACAAACUCAA